ACGCAAGGCCAUUUUUUUUCGGCGAAUAAGGCCAGUUCCAUUACAGACAGCUGUGAACGUGUUCUGAAAGCAUGGCGCUCCUCGUGAGAAUUUCCAAGUUCGAGGCGCGAUUAGCCACAAGGACUUACACCAGUAGAGUAUCAGCGGUUAAGAUGUACAUUGAUGGCCAAUUCGUAGAAUCGAAGGCCACUGAAUUCACGGAAGUUCAUAAUCCAGCAACAAACGAAUUGCUCUGUCGUACACCGAAAUGUACGAAAGAAGAGAUGCAGAGUGCCGUAGAAAGUGCAAAGACCGCGUAUGGAAAAUGGAAAAAUACCAGCGUUCUUACUAGGCAAACUCUGAUGCUCAAAUAUCAAGCACUCAUUCGUGAACACUCGAAAGAAAUAGCAGCAAAUUUAGUACAAGAGAAUGGAAAGACAAUGGCAGAUGCUGAAGGAGAUGUUCUUCGUGGACUGCAGGUGGUAGAUACAUGCACCGCAGUUCCUUCCCUCCAAAUGGGUGAGAGCACACCAAACGUCGCCACAGAUAUGGACAUAAUUUCCUACAAAGUUCCUCUUGGCGUAACAGCCUCUAUCUGUCCGUUCAAUUUCCCAGCGAUGAUACCCCUGUGGUCGUUUCCGGUCUCGGUCGCCUGUGGAAACGCUACGAUUUUGAAACCGUCCGAGCGUGUGCCAGGAGCAUCCAUGAUCCUCGCCGAUCUAUUCACCAAGGCUGGUGCUCCGCCAGGAUUAUUGAACGUUAUCCAUGGUCAACAUAGCGCUGUUGAUUUUAUCUGCGAGCAUCCGGAUAUCAAGGCGGUUUCUUUCGUUGGUUCCGAUCAGGCGGGAAAAUACAUAUACAAACAAAGCAGCGCCCACGGAAAGCGAGUGCAGUGUAAUUUGGGAGCGAAGAACCACUGCGUUGUAUUACCAGACGCAAACAAAAACAAGACCCUUUCUCAAAUUGUCGGCGCCGCAUUUGGAGCAGCUGGACAAAGAUGCAUGGCACUCUCGGUUGCCAUAUUCGUUGGUAAAUCAAAGGACUGGAUACCAGAUUUAAUAAAAGCUGCGAAAAACUUGAAGGUCAAUGCUGGCCAUGUUCCUGGAACCGACAUUGGACCAGUUAUAUCACCACAAGCCAAAAAGAGAAUAUGUGAUUUGGUCGAGUCAGGGGUGAAAGAGGGUGCAACGUUAGCCCUCGAUGGCAGAGGAGUCGUUGUCAAGGGUUUCGAGAAGGGAAAUUUUGUCGGACCAACUCUACUGACCAAUGUAGAGCCUUCAAUGCAAUGUUAUAUUGAAGAAAUUUUCGGUCCAGUGCUUGUCUGUAUGUUUGCUAAUACAUUAGACGAGGCUAUCAAUAUUAUUAACAAAAAUCCUUAUGGAAACGGAACUGCUGUAUUCACUACAAAUGGUGCAACAGCGAGAGCGUUUGUAAAUAGAAUUGAAGCUGGUCAAGUUGGUGUAAAUAUUCCUAUUCCUGUGCCACUACCAAUGUUCAGUUUUACAGGAAAUAAGGGAUCUUUCUUAGGUGAUAAUCACUUCUAUGGAAAACAUGGCAUUAACUUCCACACACAAGUAAAAACGAUAACCCAGUUGUGGAGAUCUGGAGAUUCCAGUGACAUCGCAUCCUCAACAGCAAUGCCGACUAUGCAGUAAAAGAAAUUUAAUUCGAACAUCACUUUGAAUAUGUAAAAUUUAAUUAAAAUACUGGUUCCUAAUUUUUGCGCUUAAAAACUUCAGAGUCUAAACAUAUUUAGAAAUAAUUCUACAUCUUUAAGAAGUGUAAUGUGUAAGUUAUGCAGAAUGUCUUCCAUUAUUCCAAAAUCAGUUAUUCAUAUAACUGAACAGGGAGUGUUAUCCUAUUAUAUUUAAUGUACCUAUAUUUUGUAAUAAAAUAAUAAAGUCUAACUUCUA